CGAUAUUUGGCUUGGUCUGAGUCUGUGAGCGCGAGUUCAGGGUUCAGUCUGCUGGCUCUCUGCCUCUCAGAUGGAGUUUCUCAUCGGCAGCCCGUUUUCGUCUCCUGUCGGACAGCGGAUCCAGAAAGCCACCAGUGCUGCUCUUCAGACGGAGGACUGGAGCCUGAACCUGGAGAUCUGUGACAUCAUCAACGAGACGGAUGACGGACCCAAAGAUGCAGUGAAAGCUUUAAAGAAGAGGAUUGUGGGUAAUAAGAACUUCAGGGAGGUGAUGCUGGCUCUGACCGUUCUUGAGACGUGCGUGAAGAACUGUGGCCAUCGUUUCCAUGUGUACAUCUGUUCUCUGGAGUUUGUGGAGGGCGUUCUGGUCAGAGCGAUUCUGCCCAAAAACAACCCUCCCAUGAUCCUUCACGACAGAGUCCUGAGUCUCAUCCAGGCGUGGGCCGAUGCCUUCCGGAACAAUCCGUCUCUGUCUGGAGUGGUGAACGUCUAUGAGGAUCUGCGGCGGAGAGGCCUGGAGUUCCCCAUGACGGAUCUGGACUCUCUCUCGCCCAUCCACACGCCUAACAGGAGUAUUCCGGAAAACGGGGUGUCUUCCUCAUCCGUGUCCCCGUCUCAGAGUAGCUCGUCACCAGCGACACAAUCAGAAGGACAGCGGAGCCCUGCGUCACCUGAGGAGAAGCGGAAGCUGAGAUCUGAACUGGAUCUGGUCAAAGGAAAUCUGAGCAUCAUGACUGAGAUGCUGAAUCACGUCAAACCUGGAGAAACAUCAGCAUCAGACGCAGAACUGCUGCAGCAGCUGUAUUCGGUGUGUAAGCAGAUGCAGCAGAGGGUCGUGGAGUUGAUUCCCAAUCUAUCUGAGGACGAGAUGAUCGGGGAACUUCUGCUGGUCAAUGAUGAUCUCAACAAUGCGUUCAUCCGCUAUGAGAGGUUUGACAGGUUGAACAUGCAGAGAUCAAACGCAGAAGAACAGCAGGAGUCGCAGACUGGGACAGAAAACCUUAUUGACCUCAGGCCUGAGUCUCCAUCACCCAAUCAGAACACACUCCCAGCUGUCAAUCAACAGGAGCCCCGCCCUGCAUCCCACCGCACAAGCAGCUCAGCGCUUGAAGAUGAAGAGUUUGACAUGUUUGCUCAGACGAGGAGCAGCUCUCUGGCCGAACAGAGGAAGAGUGUGCGGUACGAGGAUCCCGGCGCUGUGGAGGGUCUGGCUGAAGCUCUGGACACGCGUCUGCAGGUCACGGCAGGGGGCUCUGAGAGCGACUGGGUCCGUCAGUCUCAGUGGAUUUACAGCGAGGCUCUGGCUCCAGCUCCACACAGCUCAGCCAUGGAUGAAAUAGAGAGGUGGUUGUCUGCUGAGAUGCCUGAUGUUGAUGACAGUGAGGGUGUGACCAGUGAUGAGUUUGAUCAGUUUUUAGCAGGAAGAGCUCAAGCUGCGGAUCAUCUUCCCUCGAUGAAGAGCAGCUCGUCUGGCGGCGUCAGUCCCUCGAGCCCUCGACAGGCAGCACAGGAGCAGAACCACGAGCAGAUCUUCAGGCUCUGAGAUCCGCAUCACAUCCUCACGCUCAUCGAGUCCAUCCAUGCAGUGAGGAAGACUCCCACAGUAAUGCCUCAUCUUCAUCUUUAGCUUUCUUUCCAACACUGAAUUUGGCCCUGGAUGUGUGUGAAACUUUUGACCACUCAUAAAAAACAACCUGUAUGCUGUUUGUUGCCUGUGUAAGUUAAUUUGUAUUAAUGUGUGUUUUCACGGAGUAUAAAAAGCAUUAAUUUAUGUUGUAAAUUAACCACAAAGAUAAGAACUCUUAUACCUCUGACUGAAUGUCGACAUCAUAUUAAAUGCACUAUAAUGUUCA